AUGCGAUACAGAACAAUCUUCAUCUUGUUCAGUUUGCUUGCUUACUGCGGCAAUGUGAACGCUAACGAACAUGAGGAACAACAUUGUAGAGGUAGACCAGCAUAUUACAAUUUGAAUGAAACUCAAGGACUCAUCAAUGUAAGCCAUGAUGUAGACUAUGAUUACUGUUGGAUGAUAUUUGCCCCUGAUGACGACUACCAAGUGAGGAUUAAAUUCUCACAUUUCAACCUGACCAGAGGAUAUGACUUUCUUGAGAUCGGUGAUCGAGGAGAUGACGCUGAGGUCUCAACAAACAGUCUGUUGGCAACAUUCAGUGGUGGGAAUCUCCCUAAUGACGUCAUAUCAUCGAGUAGGGGUAUGUGGAUGAAGCUAAACAUAAAAAAGGAUAUCAUUUCACACCGUCCGCCGAACAUCACAUUUUCAAUCCAGGCUGAGAAGAGAAAAGUUGAUAUAAAUCUGCCAUGCCCGACUGCAUCACCUUACGAUCUAACCUAUCCCACACAAAAUGUCAACUACAGUAACAACGGUUACCGUCUUUGGAGGGUGACGACCGAGCUUCCGUGUGUGAUCACGACGAUGAUGACGAGUCUUUGGUUGGAAGAGGGACACGACUUCGUCUUCAUGAGAGAGGAUGACAGAGCUCCGUUCAGUAGAUCGGAUUGGUCCAACUUCACGGCGCAAAGGAAACCAUGGUUUCUAUCUCAAUACCCGUACCGGACCAAGGGGAAUAACCUCACCAUCAUCUUCACAUCUGACUACUCAAAUGAGAAACCAGGUUUCACUCUACAACUAGUUGCCAAUCUGAGCGAUGGAACAAUAAUCAAAGAUAUACCAUCUACACCAACUACACCACCUACUGAAAACCAAACACGAACAACCCUUUCCUCGCCACUUCAGACGAUUGAAUUCAGGAAUGAAGGCCAGAGAAAUGAGACGAAAUCCUACCUGCUUAUCACAGGUAUACAUAUCAUCGCUAUCGCAGUAUUGGUUCUUAUUAUCAUCUUCGCAGUUCGAUGCGUUGUGUCCAAAAUCAACACCCGAACUGCUCCGAUACCCCGAUCAGGAUCAACGACGAAUUCUCUUGGUCGGUUUUAUAAUUCUCUUCGUCGCACUGGCGAAACAUCAAGCGGUAGUUGGUCAUUUGGAAUGUCCUCCUCGGGGUCCUUUUCUUCUGGUCGCUCCAGAUUCAGUUCAUCACUAUACAGCGAUUAUACUUCAUCGUUAAGCUCGUGUAGAUCAUACAGGAUCAGUACUCUUUUCGGUUCUCACUUUGGCAAGGAUAGCCUUCCAGCUUUGAGGAACACGCCCUCCGGAAGCCAACUGACUUCCUUCCAUCCGAAAAUUUCCCAGGACAAAUGUGUGGUCGAUGUUUUUAGCGACGGAACAUCCAGCCAAAGUGAAGGUGACAAUGUAAGCAGACGAAUCUCAUGGAGAAUGAUAGGAAACGCGUUCUGGAAUGGCUCAAGCUGGAGUCCUGCAAGUAGUUUCAGAUCGACUAGUAUUCAAGAGAGAGUUACUAGGGGAAGCACAGGUAGUUCUGUCCUCCAGGACUCAGAGUAUGUGGAUCCUAUGGAUAUAAGUUGUUCAAUUUCUUCAACUGAUAGUGAAUCUGUUCCAGUAAUUCGGGUAGCACAAAGGAAUUCACCACAACCUAUGAGUGAUGAUGGACAAUUUGAAGCCGAACGCAGAGGCGGCAAGCCAAGGAAUCAACCAGAAACACUGUCUAUAGAACAGGUGGAUGGAUCGGAAAUGAACCAAGUUGUUGAGAGAAAAGUAUCUCACAUUUAUUUCAAAGGUUUCAACAGGUUAAGCUCAAGCGUUAAGCUUCCAAAUGGCUCAGACAGAUCGUUGCCUCCCAUACCGCCUCGACGCAGACAUGACGACAACUCGACUUCGAUUGACACUGCGACAACCGGACCCGAUGACUGUCAUCCAAGGAUUCAAUUCGGAACUUUAACCAGGGAACAAGAAAUAUCACAAAUGGGCCAAGCUGUCGAGAAGAAAGUAACUCACACUUAUUUCAAAGGAUUCUCUGGGUUAUCAUCAAGGUUUAUGCUACCAAAUGUUUCAGGCAGACCGUUACCUAAAAUACCGCCUCGACACGGCAAAAUGGCAAACAUCCUGACGCAUAAACAUCAAGUUCCUGUAACCAAUGUUCAAUUUGAGAACAAUGAAGAUACAAGAGGACACCAGGAAGAGACUUUACAUGGAUACGAUGAGAGUACAAUGAGUAGCGAUGAAAGUGUAAUUGGUUCGGAUCUUAAAGAUCUUUACGCCAGUAUAAAAAAAACAAAGCUCGUCAAAAGCACAUUUACUUCAAAUGGAAUGUAGAUAAGUGAAUCAUGAUGCUGGAAAGCAAACAGUUGUAAUAUUAGGAAGAAGCAUACAACUUCUUGCAUAUAAAUGGCACGGAUGUUUACUUUUUGAUAUGAUGUUGUAUACAUCAUAUUGUACGAUUUUAAAUUCGUAAUGGUUUGCUCAAUCCAUUUCGAAACAAACAAAAGAAAAAGAAAGGAAGUGGGGAAAAUUCCACGAUUUUCAAUUUAAAUCUGUGAAAGUCUGAAAAUGACGAAUUCUAGCUUGCCUGAUGGUGCUGGCAAAUAAUCUCUAGGAUGGAGUAUAUCUUUGUUUAUUAGGAUCAGUGUCAUGUGCAAAAGUGAGAAAAAGAGAUUCCCGUAGAAUCCGUUUUUCGAAUCUUAGAUCAAUAUAAUUGCUGCGUAACGGAUGUGUAAAAGAUUUAGCCUACAUCAGCCUCAAUGUGAAGAAGAGCAAGAUAAACUCAGAUUAUCGCUUUAUUUCAUAUUUUUUUAACACUUCCUGUGGAUACCCGACUGUAAUAAUAGCUCUACCUUGUGGUGAUAUGUCAGGCAUGCACAACAACACAUGUACAUCAGUAUGGUGUAUGGAUGCUACAGUGGGAGCAGUAGCGUAUGCAGGAUUUUUUAAAGGGGGGGGGUUUAACAAUUUUUUA